UCUUUAAGACCGGAAGUAACUGUUUGUGUCCUUAUAAGGUGUUUGUGUUCUUGCGCUCUGUGGAGAGUAGCUAAGUGUUUUAUAAAAGAAUAAUCACUAUGUCGGACUCCCUGGCGACAGUCCCAGCCGUGGAGAUUGAUGAAGAGGGGACUUUUAAGUACAUUUUGGUACGAGUGAAAGUGAAAGAUGGCGAUGUGCACAAAGAUAUUGUCCGCGGCACAAAAAGUGCAGAGUAUCACAAUCAUAUUUUUGAGAAGAUCGAGCCUGCCAUGAAGGCCUUGGGGAUGGAGUGUCAAUGCCUCGGUGGCGGGAAGAUUGAGCACAACAGUCAAGAGAAGAAAAUACGGGUGUUUGGAGAAUCCACUGCUUUUGGCAAAGCAGAUCAUUCUGUAGCAGCAGAGAAAUUAAAGAGUGUCUUCAACAACUAUGAGAUCACCUGGACGGAUGACAAAAAAUAAUGUAUGAUAAUUGCUUCCCUUUUGCAUUCAUUAAAAUAUCAAGAGGCUAC